AAAGUCUGGGUUCAGGGAUGGGAUGGGGUGGUGCAGGGGGAAUGGAGUGCAGCAGGGAUAAUGAGGAAGAAGGGAAUAGAAUUGGAAGAGAUGUAGUGGGAAUGAUAGAGAGAGACAGGGAGGGAGGGCUGGAGUAGGGAGAACAGAGGGGAAGGAGACAGAGAGACAGAGGGAUUGAGAGUAGUAGCUGCAGCAGCAGAGAACAAACACACGCACACACACCUGCAGCACUGGGGCAGCGACAGCAGCAACAGCAACAAGAGCAACAGCAGCAACAGUAGAAGGAAAAGGAGUAAUAAGGGGCCGGCUCCCAGCAGGGGAGGGAAAUUGGAAGCACUCAGAGAGCAUCACAUACACUCACAUACAUACACAGAGCGAUCUGCAGACAGCAAGGACAUCCGCAGACCCUGCAGCAGCAUCAGCAUCAUGUUGUCCCCUACCCCCAUACAGCUGAGCCUGGGAUAGCACUCAACUUCCCUAGCACAGCACCCCCACCGGCACUGGGACAAGUGGGUGCUGCACCCUCAGGGGCCUGGUCUGUGGCACAUGGUGCGAGAGUAAUAGUAAGAGGAACAAGUCUUGCCCACCAGUAUCUUCGGAGGUUUCACAGCAGUCUAUGCCCAUAGAAAUCCCUACACCUUUCAGUGGAUGUAUAAAACCUACUAUGACUUGCAUGUGAUGGUCUUCCUUCCACCCAAGGUAAUAUAAAUCCUUGCCCUUCCCCAGCUCGUGUCUAAAAAGUUGGUAGGAUUUAGCACACAAGAAGAGAAGAGAGCUGGAUAUUGGUUGGAAAUAUUGAAGGCAUGAAAGAAUUGUGACUCACUAAAGACAUCGGACAUGAGUGGCAGUGAGUAGCCAUGAGAGCCUUCCAAAAUCAGUCCUGUCUUUUUAAAUAAUGGAGCCCAUGGCACACGCUUGGGACAGACAAGUAUAUCCACUGAAAAAAACCUGCACGGAUAUUCCAGAAGCCCAGGAGAACCUGCAAUACGCACAGGAGGAGCACUGAAUAAAUUCCUCACUACUAGGACUAUGCAGACAACCUCAGGAUGGUGUCAGCCAAGGAGACAGAUAUGUACGACGCCAUCUUGGAAACCAAUGAUGGAUCUAGCUCCGAUGCUGGCUGGUACUUCCCAUACCCAUUGGGCUUCCAGGUUUCCCUCACAAGCUUCCUCAUGCUGGAGAUUGUACUGGGCUUUAGCAGCAACCUGACAGUACUCGUACUCUACUGCAUGCAAUCAAACCUGGUGGACUCUGUGAGCAACAUGGUCACGAUGAACCUACAUAUUCUGGACAUCAUCAUCUGUGUCAUCUGUGUUCCACUGACCAUCGUCAUCAUCCUUAUCCCACUUGAGCAAAAUAUAGCUCUGGUGUGCUGCUUCCAUGAGGCUUGUGUGACCUUCAGCAGCAUUGCAACAGCCAUAAAUGUCUUGGUAAUUAGUCUAGACAGAUAUGAUAUUUCUGUAAGACCAGCCAACCGGGUCCUUACCCCCAGGAGGAUGGUGCAGCUUUUGUCCUGUGUAUGGUUUGUUUCCCUUAUGGUUUUUUUCAUUCCAUUUUUUGAGGUUGAGUUUUUUGGAGACCCAGAUCACAUGGCCACAUGGCAAAACCGGACUUUGUUAUGUGUAAGUGUUAAUGAGUAUCACACCGAGCUGGGAAUGUACUACCACUUAGUUAUACAGAUUCCAAUCUUCUUUGCAGCUGUGGCUGUCAUGCUGGUCACUUAUUCUAAAAUACUCCAGGCCCUCAACAUAAAGAUUGGAAAUCACUUUAAGAGAAGUCAACGUCGGAAAACCAAGAAGAGAAAGAAGAGGAAGUCUUCAGACCAAAGCACAGUGGGGGAAACCAAGAGACUUGCCCCUCCGAAAGUUGCUCAAAACCCACCCAUGAGGGUUCAGGCUUCAGUUUCUGUCAUCAUUGCACUAAGAAGGGCUGUGAAAAGACACCGGGACCGCAGAGAACGUCAAAAGCGAGUCUUUCGGAUGUCUCUCAUCAUCAUCACUACCUUCUUGCUGUGUUGGGCACCUAUUUCCAUUGUCAACCUUCUCAUUCUUUGUCUGGGCCCCAGUGACCUCCUCGUGAAACUCCGUAUAUGUUUUAUCACCAUGGCCUACGGUACGACUAUUUUCCACCCUCUGGUGUAUGCGUUCACCCGGCAAAAGUUCCGUAAUGUUCUGAAAAAUAAAAUGAAGAAAAGAGUGGUCUCGGUUCUGCAGGUAGACCCUGCUCCUGGUGGUACUGUUAUACACAAUUCCUGGAUUGAACCCAAGAAAGGAAGGAAGUCAAAGUUAGAAUGCAGCGAUGGGACAGACAGAUGCCUUACAGAUGCAGUAAAGGAAUAAUGAUCAGGGCUGACCAGUUAUAGCCACACAGUAGAGCUGAGCCAUAGCUCUAGAUAAUAGUGCACAAUUUUUUUUCAAAUUUUAACUAUUUUAUCUCAACAAUGGUUAUGGUGCACUGCCAUAUUACCUCUGUGGCCUCGCUUGGGCCUAUCCUGUUUAGGAUGAUAAAAUCCAGGUGAUAAAGCUUGCCCGCUCUACAGACUCGAACCCAAUGAGUUCCAUUGUUCUUUGUAUGGCUUUCCUUGGUUUGAAGGGUCACUUGUUAACAAGAAGAAUGCCAUGACGUCUCAAGGAUGUAUACAAGAAAACAAACCUUUUCAAAACCUUUUCAAAAAGCAAAGGAAAUGCAAGGGGAGUAGAAAAUUCAACAGACAGAUUACAAAACUUGUAUUUUUUAUAUAAAUUCUAUGUAAUCAUUUUUUUUUUCUUUCCUUACUGCAGCUAUUGUUAUAUAGUCGGACUGUGAAAAAUAGAAUUUUUAUUUGUUAAAAUAUAUAUAUUAGGGUGUGAUUUCAGAUUUCCAGCUUGGCUUCUAUUUUGGUGCCAAAGAGUAUUAAUCUCUUGGCUCCAAAUCAUUAGGUCUACGUGGUAUAGAUGGGUGCGCAGCCUGCUACUUUAAAGCUGUUGCUGAACUACAGCCAUAACUAAUGGUAGUUCAACAAAAGCCAAAGGGCUGUUAGGUGGGUCACUUCGGAAACUGUAAAUUUGUUUUUUGCAGAUUAUUUAAUGUAUUCUUCCGCUUUAUGAAAAGAGAAAACAGAAAAAAAAAUCAUAUAUCUCUUAUUCAGACACUGGAAAGCAGUUGAAUGCUGCUGCUGCCUCCAUAUGCCCAUUCAUCAUGCAGGGUUUUCCUGACUGUGUACCAUGAAUAAAACUAACAACUGACCAUUUAUGUAUGAUUCAUGCAUCUAGGCUUAGGCGUCAACAGUUGUCGUUUCACUCAAGCACAAGGGGACAUAAAGUAUGGCAAUAUUGAGUCACAAUGACAAACCCAGGGCAAAGUCAAUGCAAACCAUCUUCAUGAUUGUUUAGCAAACAAGCUCCUUAGUCCAGCCUACCUUGCCAUCCUGUCGAAGCCAGAUCAAAACACCCAAAGUAGAUAUUUUAGCUGGUGUAAAUAGGGGUUUCUGGGUGUGGUGACGACAGCCAAUGUAACUUUCCAUGCUGUACAAAUUAGAUUGUGAAAUAGAAACGUGUCCAGCCAUUUUUGUUUCAGUGGUGAUGGCCUUGCCGACUAGCUAGAACAUAGGACAUUUUUCAAAAAAGACUUUGCAGUUUAACAUAUUUUCUAUUUUUUAGCUAAUAUAUUUGUAUAUCCCCUCUGUUGUGUGCCAGGGAAUACAUCAGCUCCAUGCAGAUGCAGGAGAAGGUAACCUUCAUUUACAUUUAUUAGAAUAAUGGUCCAAAUUCAUGGACAACGUUGUGAAAGCCUUUCAUUUAUAGAGGCAGGAGAUGUUUAGCAGGAAAAUCAGAAGACAAGCUCUUCAGUGAGAUGUUUCGCUAAAGAAAUCAUGGAGCCAAACCAAUUUAAAACGAGUUCAAAGCACAUGGAAACUCAAUAACGUGUCCCUUCUUGAAGGCAUCCACAAAGAACAGUUUGGUCUGCUACGUGUAUGUUUUUGUCACUUGAGUUCCAUACUAACUUUAUAUUACCCAGGUCCACAGGAAUGCUCAGGGCUAUUCAUUAAAUCCCAAAAUAAUUGGGUGUGGAGCUCAUAAGGAGGGUAGAUAUUGACCAUGGGGAAAUCGUAGUAGAUGAAUUCAGCAAGAACAUUAAAAUAGCACUUGACAGAGGGAAUCUGACUAUAUUUUAAAACAGAUAUAAAAUUGUAAAAUAUUGUAAGGCCCCAAGGUUAAUGGGUACACUGGGAAAAUAUUAUAGGACAACGGACUCCAUUUACAGGUAUGGGACCUGUUAUCCAGUCUUCUGGAAAAUCAUGUAAAGAUGAAAUAAACCCAUUAGGCUGGUUUUGCUUCCAAUAAGGAUUAAUUACAUCUUUCACUGUAAAUCAAAAUGUUGCGGCACACUUCCAGGGCCCAAUAAUCGUUUCCGUUUUCCACUUAAAAAAUCGCCUUUAUUCGUUACAUCAAUAAAAGAAUGGACAACAUCAGCUCAAGGUCUAAUUACAUCUUUGUCUCAAUCAAGUACAAGGACCUGUUUUAUUAGUACAGAGAAAAAAGGCAAAUCAUUUUUAAAAAUUUGGAUUAUUUGGAUAAAAUGGAGUCGGCCUUUCCAUAAUUCAGAGCUUUCUAGAUAAUGGGUCUCUGGAUAAUGGAUCCCAUACCUGUACAAUGAAUAAGGGAAAACAUAUCAAACAGACAAGAGAAUAACCCCUUAUAAACCAGUUGUUAAAGGUCCAGCCCACUUACUGCCCCCAAUUUAUUAGUGAAUUAAUUGUUUCCACACGUUAAGUCUAGAUGCUGAUGUACAGUAUCUUGGGGGUGGGGGAAGUAUUUGGGACUGUAUUAAAAUUACCUUUUUUCCCUUUUUAAUUGCUGUAUUUUCCUAUCCCAUUUAAAUAUUCAUGCAUAAUAAUGGGGAACUUUUAUUGUUACCAAAUUAUAAAAAAAGAUAUAUAUAUAUAAUAUAUAUUAAAAAAAGUCUCAGCUCUUCCAUCAAGUUUACCUGUUUUUAAAGGGAAUUUAAACCCUCGAAACAAAUUAAUAUAACAUGGCUCUUCUGAGCACUUUUGCAAAAUACAUUAUUCUACUUUUAGCUUUCAAGAUAUUAGCAGUUUUUAGACAUUCAGUAUAAUUAAUUUGAAACAGUACCACCUGCUGUUCGGCACAGCCAUCUGUUUGGCAGAAAAUGAAGCUAGUGAGCAGGGAAAAGUCUGAUGUUUCUCUGAUUAGUUCUAAAGAGCGCAAAAUCACAAGACUUUCCUUUCUCAUAAAAGUAAUUUUCCGCCGACUUCCGAAAUGAACAGCAGGUGUCACUGUUGUUCCAAAUACAUUAUAUUAGCAGUGUAUAGCUUAAAAACUAUAAAUAGUAGUAAAUAGUAAAUAGUUUGAAAAAGUGCACUGAGCAAUUUUACAUUCAUUUGUUUCAAGGGUUCACAUUUCUUUUAAAAUACUCGGACUCACACAAGUGAAAUACCUGCGAGUUGGAAACCACUGCAGAACCUACAUACAAUGCCAUAUAUUCUAGGUUCUACAAAGUUCUGUAGUUGUUUAAAGAGAUAGCUGUGCUAUUAUUAUUAUUAUAACAUGUCCUUUUAUGAAAGAGAAUUUCUUAAUGUGAUGGUUCACCCCUCCCAAACCAAAAAUAAAGAUCAGCCCUUAAGUUGCUCUUUUCUGUACAUAAAAUAGUAAAUAUUAAUUAUGAAAAAAGGAGGCAGAGUGGGGGGGGGCUUUUAAAAGAAAUACAUUUUGCCUCCAAAAAUUUAGGGUACAGUGAUCCCGGCUCUUACAGGUUGGCUAUUGUACCCCCUACCCACUAAUGCCAGCUCCUCAACAGACUGUAUUUUAGUGCUGAAAUAGUCACAGUACCUUUAUUUUUUAUAUAAGAGAUUAAAUCUGACAUUCUGAUGAAUACUUUUCUUUUGUUGAAUCAUAAAUAAAGAGAUAAAUACCA